AACCCCUCUUCCUGAGAAGAGGGAUCCACUCACCCUGUGCUCCAACUGUCGCUCUCUUAACUGUCACUCAGAACCUUGCUUCUCAGGUCUACUACCUGCCUGGCUGUUUGAAUAGCUGCUGGCUCAGGAGUCAGGAGCACUUGAGGACCAGGACACCAUAGACACCAGCUUAGUUAUCUGAGCAUCUUUCAGUGACCAUCAGCUUUGCGUGAAGAUUCUUUUCUAGAGGAGCUCCAGAGGGAAAUAUUUCUUUUGUCUUCAAAAUGAAAAUAGACUUGGAUGUCAGUAAGCCAGUCAACUUUAGCUCUGGAGAUCAUCAACAUCUGGUUCACAAAGCAGCAAUUAAAGGUAACCCCGGUAGACUGGACCAGCCCUUCACAACCUCAACUGAAGACAGGCCACAAGAAGCUAUAAAAUACUCAUACCCAAGGAAUAAACAUGGAGAAAAUACCUAUGCAAUAAAAAUUUCUGAGGAUGUUACUCCCCCUCCAAACGAGAGCAUAACUCCAUCCAGUCCCUUUGAAAACAUGUCCGUUCGUAAAGGUUUCAUGGUGAAAGUGUUUGUGGUUCUGUCCGUUCAGCUGUUCAUCACUGCUGCGAUCAUCAGCGUCUUUGUUUUCUGCCAAGCUGUAAGAAAAUGGAUCCUUGCCAUGCCCUGGUUCCUGUUUGCACUCUUACCAGCAGUCCUCAUUGUGAUCAUUAUACUUGCUUGCUGCAGGGAUCUCCGGCGCCAAGUGCCCGCGAACUACAUUCUCCUGGCAUUCUUUACCAUUCUGGAGGGCCUGCUGCUAGGAACCAUGUCAAUCGUCUACAAAGCAGAUGAGAUCCUAUGGGCCAUGGGAGCCACCACUGUGGUGACAUUAGUGCUCAUUUUGUUUGCACUACAAACAAAAUGGGAUUUUACCCUGUUAAGUGGCGUGUUGUUUGUUUUCACCAUUGUGCUGCUGAUCUACGGGAUUAUUGCAGUUGUGAUCCGAUCCUACUGGUUGCAUCUGUUAUACUCAGCACUUGGGACACUGCUCUUCUCUGGGUACCUGGUGAUGGACGUGCAGAUGAUGGUGGGGGGGCACUACCAUUAUGAGAUAGACCCCGAAGAAUACAUUUUUGCUGCUCUGAACAUCUACGUGGACAUCAUCAGCCUUUUCAUCUUCAUUCUGGACCUGCUCGGACGAUAGCUGACGGCCAAUGCCACCAGCAAAGGGUCAGAAGAGGAAACAUGGACCCCUGUGGAGUGUCGCCAGGCUCAGGCGUGCAGCAGUGACCACUCAUAGGUCCUUCUGAUAGUCACUUAUUUGUCAAUUUAACUGUCUAUGUCAAAAGAAGCUAAGAAUUCAGUAGAUGGUAGCUGUAGCUGUUAUAAUUUUGUUUCCCUUGUCAUAUGGCAAAACUUUAUUAUUCAUAUUGAAACAUUUUGGAUUCCUAUAAAUUCAGAAGAUGAGUACCCUAGUCAUAAACUGACAUACAUUUAGAAGGUCCCCACCACUUUGUUGAUGUUUUCCAGAUACAAUUUAAAGCUGUAAGCAUCAACUCGACAUAAAUAAAGCUGAUUGGAGAAAACC